UCAAUUUGCUUAGUAGACCGAGUAAAAUGGAAAUUUGCAGGAAAUAUGAAUCCGCAUGCUUUUGAUUUUGGGGAUGUCGAUAAUGAUAAGGAUAAUGAAUUUGUGAUUGGAAAUUUAAAAGGUGAACUAUCAGUGUUCAAAGGUAUAUCCUCCGCAAACGACGGACAACCUUACGUGACUUGUAGUGGGUUAGGAACAAUAACUUGUGUGGCCGUCGGUGAUAUCAAGAAUUCAGGAAAGAAUUCGAUUGUAUGCAUAAACGCGGAAGGGCAGUGCCAUAUAUUUGACUUAUUAUCAAGCAAUGAAUCAGCUCCUACAACACAUGAUGAAAAUAUACCAACAUCGUCAAAGAAAAGCAACGAUGCACAGACUCCUGCAAUGCGACCCCUUAUCAUUGAAGGCCCAAAAGUUAUCGAACAACCUACAUUAACAUUGUCCGUACCUGUUAAUUGUAACCGAAUUCUGAUUGCAGACAUCGAUGAUGAUGGAAUUAACGAAAUAAUUCUUGCACGUACCGAUCGCGUAUUACAAGUGUUUAAUUUCCAAAUUCCAUCACCACCUAUUGAUUCCACAGCAAGCAUUAAAGCCUCCUUAAUAGAAGAGCAGCCAUACUUGGAAGAGAAAAAGAAAUGGUACUUUGAUGGACAGAUAACUUCUUUGUCCACAGCGAAGGAUCCUACUACUUCUUCAUCGUUAUUGAUUAUCGGUCAACCUGGAGGACAUUUUAUAAUAAUUGAAAAGAAUGAUAAAGAAAUUUCUUCUCCUACCCAAGUAUCUGGUGAUCAAAGUGGAGAAGAAUUUACCGAAGUUUCUACUGAAAUUGUUAAAGGAACGAAGUUUAAAAAUGGCAAAUGCGUAGAUGUUUUGGCACUUAUUACUAUGGAUGGUAAAUUUACAUUAUACGAUCUCCAAAAUUCAAGUAUGUCACAUCAUGAAUUACAAGGCACACAUAAACUUUUCGGAAUGGCAUCUAUAGACCUUUGUAUAAAUGACGAGAGUCUUGAUAAAAAAAUUCUUAAUGAUUCCGAAAAAUCUACUAAAAAAUAUAACAAUGUUUUUGUUGUAUGUGCAUGGAAUGGAUGUACAUAUGUGAUUGACCAUGAUUUUAAUGUUGUCAAAUUUGAAUUUGAAGGAAGAGUUUGUGCAUUUGCUGCAGGUCAAUAUGCCAUUACACCUGGUCAUAAUGUUAAUUGUUUUUUGUAUGUGGAUUUUGAGGACCAAAUAACUGUUUAUUAUAAUUUGCGAAUUAACACGAAACCAGUCACAAAUUUCAUGGAAAUAAUGCGAGACCAAUUUGAUAAGGUUAGAUGUUUUCUUAUAAAAAUGUUCUUUGAUUGUAAAUUACUAAUUAUAUGGAAAUAUGAUAGUUUGAUGAAUUAUUAAAGGAUAGAGUGCAAGAUUAUGAUCAAGAAAAAGCAGCACUUUCCAAUGGGUCAUUUCAAUCUACUUCGCAUAUCGCCGAAUUUUUUCAUCAAUGUUUGUAUCAGCUGGAUGAUUAUAAAAAUAUGAAAGCUAAACUUAUUGAAGAGGUAGAAGAGUUAAAAGGGAAAAAACAUGAAGAGAAGAAACCGAAUGAAACAAGAGAUAAUAGUGAGUUAGUUGAAGAAAACAGGUCGUUAGAAUCUGAUCAAAAAAAAGAGUCGGAUACGGAGCAGCCUGAACCACGAAACAAUCAAAAUAAACAUGAUGAUUAUGUAUUGAUAUCGGGAAAACAAGAUAUAGUUCAGGACGUAGAAACCCAGGAA